AUGGCCAUGUCAAAGCCGAGUCGAGUCCGUCCGUUUCUAGACGACGGCAUCAUUGACGACUGCCUCAACGUUGCGGUCCAGCUCUCCGCCUGGAACCUCUCCGGGUACGAUCCAUUGCUCCUUGACAGGAACAGCGGCACUCCCUACGAAUAUUCAAUCGACCCCGAGACCUUUGACGCUCUCUCCCAGAAGAUUGAACGGGACAGCCGUAUCGAUCACGACGACCUUCGCAUUGAAUAUGAUGCCGCUGGAAUGCUGCUGCGUUUCAAGAUGCCACAGGGACCAGUCCAUUCAAUCAUGUCGGAUCGUAUCGCCGAGCUUGUUACAAACGCCGCAAUCAACGUCCUUCCCGCCGAAAUCGAAGGUGCCAUCGACGGAAAUUAUCACCCAUCCGUCGUUGCCGAAAUCGCCUACUCUUCACCUCGGAACAGGAAUGAGUUGGACACCAAGUGUAAGAGGUACCUGCGUCUGGGCAGAGGCCGAGUCCGCGCUGCCAUUGCCAUCAAGAUACCCUACGACUCGGAAAUUGCCGCCAACGUUGCCCUCAUUCUCGAUCAGCUGCACAACUGCGUCAUCACCCUCUGGGUUUUGCGUCAUGGCAAGCCGCAGCGCGUCAUGAACUGGACCAGCCUCACCCAACAUGAUGCGAAGCUGACACUCUACUCGGCCGACUUUGCAGGCGACGACGCCUUGGAUCCCCGCCGCACACCCGAUGACAACAAUUCCUCGGCCCUUGACAGCCAGCCGCCGCUGCCAAUUACUGUUCCGUUCACCGAUAUCGAGAUGAAGCUCCGCAGGGCUGUUCAAUAUGCGAGUCUUUCAUCCGCUACGCGCUGA